AAAAGUUCAAGCACUUCCCAGGAUGCAUCCUCCACUCAGAGAAUGCGUAUAGAUCCACUUGGUAGGAGGGCAACUAUGUUGGUGCAGUUUCUGCUGGAGAGGUAUAAAAUGAAGGAGCCUGUUAAGCAGGCAGAUAUGCUGAAGGUGGUCAGCAGGAAGUACAAGCAGCACUUCCCUGACCUCUUCAGGAAAUCCUGUGAGCUCAUGGAGCUGAUCUUUGCAUUGAGUGCAGAGUCAACCCAGCACUUAUUCCUUGUCAGCAAGCUGGGCUCUCCAGAGGGUAGUAGGGGCUUGCCCAAGACCGGUAUCAUCAUGACACUCCUGGGUGUGAUCUUCAUGAGGGGCAACCGGGCCACUGAGGAAGAGAUGUGGCAUUUCCUCAAUGCCUUGGGGAUAUAUGCAGGGCAGAGGCACUUAAUCUUUGGGGAACCUCGGAAGCUAAUUACCAAAGAUUUGGUUCAGGAAAAGUACCUGGAGUACCGUCAGACACCUGGCAGUGAUCCUCCUAGCUAUGAAUUCCUGUGGGGUUCCAGAGCCCUAGCUGAAACUAGCAAAAUGAAAGUCCUGGAAAUUUUGGCGAAGAUCAAUGAUACGGACCCCAGGGCUUUCCCUGUUCUAUAUGAUGAGGCGUUGAGAGAUCAGGCAGCAAGAGCAGGAGGGAGGGCUGCAGCUGGUACCCACACCAUUGCCCAGGCUAGGGUUCCUUGCAAAUCCAUGUCCUUCUGUGCCUCCCAAAAUUAG